AUGCUUCCGUUUCCCCCCCAUGAUGCGCUCGAUGAAGUGUUGGUCGCAGCACCUGUGGACCAGGAGCUGCGGGAAGCUGACUCAGAGUUAACAACCGGCGAGCCAACAACCGGUGCUGAUUCGGCAGCUGUGUCAACAGCAUCCGCAGCGCAGCCAGAUGCAGAGGGUCAGGAGGCGCAGGAAGCUUGUGGUCCAGCGGCAGCGGCAGCGGCAACCAGCCUCCCUUCGCGGGCUGCUAAGGAAUUGCCGCCUUCGGCAGAGGAUGCUGCGUGUGCACGACUUCGGCUAUCCUCACGAGGUGGUGGGGCUGGGCCAGCUGGGCUCACACCGACGACGCCAUCGCCCAUCGGACUAGGUUGUACCACUGCCACUGCUUCAUCUUCCUCACCAGUUCGUGGCGCUGCACGGGCUCCUUUCGCGUCAGCGGAUUUCUCAGACAUGGGAAAGAUGCGUGACGAUGAGGAUGGGGAAGGUAUAUCAGAUGCGGAGACCGAAGCUGAUUUGCAAGAGCUAAAGGCGCGUACCAUGUAUCGCAUGGUGGAAGACAUAACACUGGCUUCUGGGUCUAAGCACAAAGUAUUGUUCGUGACAAACAAGCAGGCACGCCUUCUUGCGAGCACACCAGGCUCCAUCAAGCGUGUGUUAGAGGCUUUUGAAAUUCCGACACCAAAGCUGGUCAUUCGAUUCUUGCAAUCAAGCGGAAGCUGUGCUUGGGUACAGACUCGACAGAGAACCAACGUGACAGUGGCACUGCCGUGGGAGAAAGACAUGGAAGACGCGUUGCUUGCGGAGGAGAGGCUUUACAACUUCAUGGAAGAAGUCCUGGUCCCGUUGGCUGUGGACACCAAUGCUCUCAUACUUGUGCAUGCAACUGGUGGCAGCUGUCUGCUGACAGAAGCUUUGUCCAAAGUCAUGCAGAUACACCGAAGCCGUUUUGGCAUACACCGGCGUUUUAGUGUUUUGGCUAUGACAUGCGACAUGAAGCAGGUUUAUGCUUAUGAGGAACCUACUGCCGCGUGGCAUCAAUUUCGGAAGGCUAGUCCCACGUGGAGAAGGCGACACAGGACUCUACUCAGCAAAUUCUUCGGUGCCACUGGGACAGUCGGCUCAUAUGAUUUGAAUGGUAGCUUCGAUCACUACCUUCUGUGCGACGGGGUCAACGAACUGGAAAGGGAGAUCGAUCACACAGCAUUUGGGUCUUUGACUUCGGCCCUUACUCAACAUUUGAUGGAACAUUUGCCAUGCAUUGCAUUUAAAACAGGGAUUUCAAACAUGGUUGAGGGGGAUGAGGCUUCGCUUGGGGCGGUUCUGACCUCGUUGGAAAGCGGCAGCCCAACGAUACUUGUCAAUCCACGGAAGUGGCCAUCAGACGUGAGACUGGAGGGAGUGAAGGAGGUCUACGAAGAGCUUGAGGAGACUCUGCAUGCUGCAGGAUGUAAAUGGGAUUAUAAUGACUCUAUGGCGACUAGCUUGUUCUACAUAGCAAUGCAAAAUUCCCAAGAGGAUCGUGGUCCUACGGCAGAAGCGGAGAUUCGCGUGCAGGUUGAAGACUUAAUGCAUUGGUUCAGCGAAAAAUACACCAAGGGCUUUGAUACAUACAAGAAAUUUGCUGACGAGAAAGCAAAAAUGACGCAGGCAUACGCUCGUGCUCUGCAAAUGUCAAGGAUAAUCAGACAUCAUCACUUGCGCGUCGCUCAUUGCUCAGACCUGUCUGGGUGCAAGGAGGAGAUUCAAAAGGUGGUCAUACGAGACAGAUUGCCAAAGACAGAGGAUGCUCAAGGUGUAGCCCUGCUAGCCGACGCUUGGUCUGAGUUCGAUGCCAAGUUUUACCUUUCAGACCGUUACAAGUUGAUCAGCAAAAGGACGUAUGCAGGGGUAUUACUUUUGACAAUAUUGGCCGUUGCAUUAUCUGUUCUCCUGGCAGAUGCUGCCACCCUUGCUGGUGUCGAAGUGGACCCAAGUGCACCGACAUUCAUCACGACCUUGCUGGCUGCAAGCAUUGCCUCCUUCUCUGCGCUUCUGAAACCCACAGAGCGCUGGCGUGUUCUUCGGAGCAGCGCCUGUACUUUGCAGAGUAUUACAUGGCACUAUAGAACUCGCACAAAGAUGUUCGGGAUGUCAUCUAACCAUGAGAAACCCCAGAAAGUUUUGUGCGAGCGGAUACGAGCAUGGAAGAAAUCAGUAGUUGCGGAAGGAUCGAGUCUGCUUUUCAGUACAAUGGAGAAAGCCUAUCCAGAUUCCAUCUUUAGACAUGCUCCACCUAACAAACUGGAUCCGAAAGGCGACUCUGAUGAUUUCUAUUCGCCAGUGAAGCCUUCCAGAUAUGUAGAUUUUCGCUUGGUGCCACAAAUUGCCUUCUAUCAGGCAAAGAUACCGACAGUUGGCAAGCGGCAGGGACAACUACGGAUCGCUUUCUUGUUCUGUUCCUUCACCUCCGCAGCACUGAGCUUUUUUGGACUGAGCACAUGGGUGGCUUUGUCAGCAAGCAUCUAUAGCUCCCUUACAGCAUGGCAGGAGUUCUCAGGGUUGGAUCUGAAGCUUCGCAGAUAUACAGAAGCUGUGCAGUCUCUGAAGAGCAUCAAGACCUGGUGGACAAGCUUGACAGAGGUGGAGCAGGCUUCGCCUGAUCGCAUAAACCUCUUGGUCAAUUCAGUUGAGGAGGUGAUUUGCCACGAGGUUGGUAUUUGGGCAGCCAGCCUUGCCAAGCUGGAAGACAACAAGGCGUUUGCGAACGCGCAAGAAGAUGAACCUGGAAUGCGGAAUGCUGGGGCAGGAGCUUAG